UUUCUACUAGCAACAAAAUAAACAAUUUAAAAAAUGUACAUUUUUUAUAUCUUAAAAAAGUUAAAAUGGAGGUAAAAGCUAUAAGAUUUCGUGGUUGUGUCCCUGAUAUUUCUAACGAAGGAUUUUUUAUAAAAUCUAUUCCAGUACCAGAUGUUUGUCAUGAUAGAGACAAUUGGCAUCGUAAACUAGACGUUUUCCAAAGAUUAGGCGCUCAUCAUACAUUAGCUUCGGCUCGUCGAUUUUCAAGAUUUAUUUGUACUAAAGCCCCAGUGGAUUCUUUAGAUUUUGUAUUAGAAUCAAGUUAUAAUCCAAAUGUGGAAAGUUUUCCAGACAAAAUGGAUCCUUAUAUUCAACCUGAAACAUUGGGAUUACCAACAUGGCGUCGGUUAAGAAACACCAUUUAUAUCGAACCAAAACGACCAAUACCUAUGGGACAUCCAUUACUAAUCGGUGGAAUAAAAGAGAAAAGAAAUCCUAAUAAUAUUCAGUUGAUGAACUCUGGACCUCACUCACCUCAAACUAAUGCUGGUUAUAUUCGAAAUGGACAAGGUGGAAAUGUUUUCUAUUAUUAA